AAGAACUUAUAAACCACGUUACACAUGAUUAUCGAAUCGAAUCGAAGAAGCUCCUCCUCCUCCUCCUCCGCCUCCUCCACCCUCUCUUCUCAAUAACUUUCCAUUAGCGAGUAAUUUUUAGGAAUUAAAAGAAAAGAAAGGGAAAAUGCAGGCAUCAAGAGCGAGGUUAUUUAAGGAAUACAAAGAGGUUCAGAGAGAGAAAGUAGCUGAUCCUGAUAUUCAAUUAGCUUGUGAUGAUACUAACAUUUUUAAAUGGACUGCUCUAAUCAAGGGACCGUCGGAGACUCCUUUUGAGGGUGGAGUUUUCCAGCUUGUGUUUUCUGUUCCGGAACAGUAUCCUUUGCAGCCUCCGCAAGUCCGAUUCUUGACAAAAAUAUUUCACCCAAAUGUGCAUUUUAAGACCGGAGAAAUAUGUCUUGACAUCUUGAAGAAUGCUUGGAGCCCAGCUUGGACCCUGCAGUCUGUUUGUAGGGCUAUAAUUGCUUUGAUGGCCCACCCAGAACCUGAUAGUCCUCUAAACUGUGAUUCAGGCAACCUUCUGCGUUCUGGUGAUGUCAGAGGUUAUCAAUCCAUGGCAAAAAUGUACACAAGACUUGCAGCCUCGCCAAAGAAGAGGUGAUUUUGUGUAACUCGAUUUCUUCGUCAUAAGAACGACGUCUUGUUAUCAUCGUAAGUUAGAAGAAAUGUCGGUGACAUUUGGAGCUGUUGAACUUGAAAUUUCAACCAUUUGCUGUGCUUUGAACUAGGUACCGUAUAUACAUUGGACAAGAAGGAUAAAUCAUUGUUGAGACCUAAUGGACAUUUGUCUAUGAUAGAAAAAUCUGCCAUUUUUCGGCAUCUAAUUCA